AUGACCGACGCCGCCAUGGACGUCGAUAACGAGCAGAACGUCGCUGGGCCGUCGUCGCAGCCGAAGCCUGCAAGGCCGACAUACAUCCCGCCGAGUCUCUAUCUCCCACCGCCCCGUGAACCUCGCCCGCCGUUGUUUCUCAACAGCUCUCAGGACCUCGUCGGUCGUUUUCGUCUCCAAUCCGCGUAUGAUAAAUUCGUGAAACCCUUCAUUGAACCGACACAACCCCAACAACAACAACAGUCAAGACAAGACGGCCAAUCCUCCAACCACCCCCCAACGCCCGCUCCGCCCUUUAAUGCUCCCACACCUGACGUCAACAUCAACGGUAAAGGCAAGGCCAAAGCAGCUGCUGCCGCCGCCGCCGAGCCUGCGACGCCCAUGCCCGCGACGCCCGGGCCUGGUGGUGGUGGCGGAGGGGGAGGACAGGACGGGGACGAGGAAGAGGUGGGGAAGGACGGAAAGAAGAAGAAGAAUACGUAUAGACAUCUUAUUAAGGGUAUUCCAGGUGAUUAUUCUCUUCUUCGUUCUUCGCCCUUUUCAUCCCGAUCCCGAUCCAAAUGUUUUGCGUUGCCCAUCACGUAUUAA